AUGUCGUUUUACUCUACCUUUUUCCUCGUUCUCGUCGGUUGUUCUUCGUUGGCACUGUGCCAGACUGAAGUUAAAAAGGGCGGACAUCCCGGCCAUUUCAUCAUGGGGCCCACUUAUUUGGCUAACCUGACAAAGGAGGAAAAGGAUGUGUACUUCGGGAUCUAUCGUGACAAGAAUCUGACCAUCAAGCAGCAGGAGGAGAAGAGACUCGCAUUCGCUCACGAUCACGGCUUCGAGGUGAAAGGACGGAGAGUCGAAUGGGAUAGAAAUUGGAUAAAUUGAUUACAGUCAGUGCUGAAGGAAGAGCUGAAGAGGAAAGAGGAUAGUCAGGCAGUGAUCAUUAAGGAACGUCCGGCAGUCCUCAAGUACAUCCAAGAAGCGAACGAGGCCCUUGCCAAGGUGUACCAAAACAAGGACCAGACGGUAGGUCAGCAGCAGAAGGCCGUCGAAGCUCUGAAAGAGAAGUAUCCUCAUGUGAGUGUGCAGUCAGAUAUGGCAGAUUGGAAAGAGAUUGUUCCAGGCGGUGCCGGCUCUCUUCUAUCUCUCUCGACUCAUCACCGGAAAGGGAAUUCAUCAGCCACAAGAGGCAAGCAAUAGUAAAUAA